CAAAUCGACUUGCAGCAUGAAUCGCCGGAAGCACUCGCACUCACUCUCACAACUGCUGCUGCUGCUCAGCUUACAUUUAUAAUCGUUAGGCCUGGCGCCAUUGCAGCACAGUUGGGCCAUUGUUUGCUAUCAUUGCGAUUCGAUUGCGUUGCCCGAAUGCGCCCAGACGCGAGGUGAGGUCGGUGUGUUGCCCUUCAAGGAGUGUCGCUCGGAGCUGACGUGUAUCAUGUCGAUUGUGGAUACCAUAACAUAUCGCGGCUGUGGUGUGGAAACACCCACCACAGAGGCCACCUACUCCAAGCGUUGCUCCGCCAAUUUGUGCAAUGGCAGCGUCUAUCCACCUGGACGUCUCAAGUGUCACCAUUGCGCGUCGUCCAAUUGCAUGGCAGCACCCACAGCCAAGCCAGUACCUUGUCUUUAUCAUCAAGAAGUAGAUCAUUGUUAUACCGAGUGGUUUAGCGCUACAUUAGCCUAUCGUGGCUGCAUCUCUGACAGCAACCACACCGUCUCCCAAACGGCACGGCUAUGUGACUACAAUGGCUGCAAUGAUGCAGCAGCUUAACUAAAAACAUCAUUUGUUGGUUCAGCAUAAUUUAUUAUAUGUAUGCAUUAAACUAAAAAUGUAAACCA